GGACAGGGCGGGCGCAAAGCACAGCAGCAGACAAAUAUACCCGAGUCCGCAUAUUGAAUUUGUUCCCAUUUCCCUUGCUUGUUUCAAAUACCGUUAUUCCCAUUUUCUACCGGGGAUAGUGCAAUACUUAAGCUGCAUUUACGCUAUUCAAGUAUAUUAUGUACCAAGGUAUAUCUUAUAUGCACAGCAAAUAUAUCAAACAGGAAGAAUUUUUUGUGGUUUUGCAAGUUGGUUAUGAUUGGGAAAUAUGCAUAAUUGCAAGUUAGUUCUUUUGUUGCUCAAAAUAGAUUGAAGAUCAAAUUUUCUAUUAAUAAGUGCCGUGAAUUUUUUAUUAAAAUAUUGUGUAUUUCUCUUGUCGUUAGCACCGUUAAUAAUAAAGGAAAAAAUAAAAACUACUGGCUCAAUUUUCCAUAUUCAGAAGUUAUCGUAUAUUCCAUUCUGUUUUUAUCUUUUUUUUGGUUGCAGUUUAUUUCAAUUGCACAUUGCUUACUAUUACAAGUAGUUCAAGGAAUAAUUAUAAUGAAAUGGGUGAAGAAGAUUUCAUGAGCAACGGGUGAACUACAGGGACAAUAUUAAAAAAUAUCAUAUUUAUUAUUGUUUGAUUUCCUCCAGCAAAAGAAGGAUGCGAAUAUAGUGAUUUCAUUUUUUUAUUGGCCUUUUUCGUAUUUUAAGAUUCCCAAUUGGUUUCUGGGGAAUUGAAGACAGCUUUAUUUAUUACCUGUCACCAACUGAUACAUAUAUAUGCUCUUUAUCAAGUGGAUUUUCAACCAAAUCCUCUGCUUUACCAAUUAGCUUCAAAUCUAAAUUCGUCUAAGCCUUUUAGAUUUUUCUCGAAGUUAGAAACGCCGUCUUCAGGUCAUAUUUGAUCUAAAAGAAGUUCCUAAUUUUCUCCACUUUGGUGAGAUAAUUACAAUCUUCAGUGGUUUUCUGCGUUUUUUUACUCUAGACUCAGUUUUAAUACAAUAUGGACGCGUCGCCAUGUGAGACCAGCUCACACCAACAGUAUAAGUUCAAAAUGCAGUCAGAGACUUUUCACAGCUACUAUCAAUUUAGUAAAUAUUUGUACACAUGACAAUCUACUGCAAAUUUCAAAAUAUCUGUGACCAUUCGUUAAUUGAAAAUCUGGUGUUUGGUUAAAAUCACUCUUAGUUAUCCCUAGUUUAACCAAUUGUUCGAUUUCAGAUCCAAUUCCUUAAAAUAAACUUCCCUUAGUCGUAAGUUAUGGCUCAACAUAAUGAGUGUUUCUUUGAAGGGUCUCAUUCCAUUAAUAUUGCGUUGAUGAGAAAUGUGUCUGCUAGAGUAGGCCAUGGACUAACCCUCAAGAACAUCGCAGAACCGGUGAAAAUAGAGGGGGCGAUGGCUGAGCACGAGUACACGAAGGAAGUGGUGAAGAAAGUAGGCCUCAAACUGUACGAAGUGGAGGCGGACGAGGAGUACCCCGACUGUGUCUUCAUCGAGGACCCCGUAUUCUUCCUGGACGGAGUGGCCUUUUUCCCUCAGGCGGGACACCCCUCCAGGCGAGGAGAGAAGGGGGCUGUGCUGGAGUUUGUGAAGAAACACUUCCCCACCCUCAAGUGUGUGGAGAUGACGGGGGAGGGGUACAUGGAUGGGGGAGAUAUCUGCUUCCUCGGAGGGGAAAAGAAGGAGAUUCUGUGUGGAGUGUCGACGCGAACGAACGAGGAGGGAGUGAGGCAACUGCAGGCUGCAUACCCCGACUACACCGUCACCCCCAUCCCCAUUCCCACAGUGGAAGAGGGGGGACUGCUGCACUUGAUUACCCACUGCUCCAGAUACGCUUCCGGACCAUAUCUGGCCAUUGGCAAAUCAGAGGCUAGUCAGAGGGUGAAAAAGAACAUCGAAGAGCGUGCUAUAAGCAAGGUGGAGUUCUUCGAGGUGCCGGAUGACUGGGCUGCGAACUGCAUCUACGUGAAUGGGUACGUGCUGCACUGUAGCCAGGAAGAGUACCCUGAGUCUUUCAAGGCAUAUCAGGAGAAGUUCGGAGACAAGGCCAUUCCUCUCAAGAACAAGGAGUUCGACAAGAUAGACGGAUCCCUCACCUGCCGAGUCAGACUCCUCAAGUACCCACUCUGAGAUAAAAGAUCAAACACCAGAUCACACACCAAAUAUUGACCAAUUCAAGAGACGAGAACUCACGAACAAAGACCAAAGCUACGACUGAUAAGACACGACAACUGAACUUUGAUUAAUGCGAUUGGUUUAAUUAGCAACUAAUUUCAAUAUAUUUUGUUUUUCAA